AUGGACCCCUCUUCCUCGACUGACCUCUCACAGGAGAGAGAACACUACAGAGCUCGGAUUGUCACUGCACUGGAAGAAGAUCCAGAUCCUCUUUCAGCUUACGACAGCUUUGUCAAAUGGACCUUGGACAACUAUCCCAAAGAGCGCGUCGCACACUCCGGACUGCUCGAGCUACUCGAAGAAGCAACGAGACAAUUUAAGGAUGACCCUGCAUACAGGGGAGAUCUCAGAUACCUCAAGUUAUGGUCGUUAUAUGCUAGUCAUGUUGAAGACCCCGCUACAAUUUACGCCUUCCUAUUAACCAAUGACAUUGGCACUGUAUAUGCGCAGACAUACUGGGAAUAUGCUGCUGCUUUGGAAAAGGGAGGACGUCGUGCCGAAGCGGACGCUAUAUUCAAGCAAGGGAUCAAACGCCGCGCGCGACCAGUAGAUCCCCUCAAGAGACGCUACGAUGAAUUCAAAAACCGCUCAAGCUCUUCUCCGAAUAGCUUUAAUUCGACUGCAGCACUGUGGAGGAGCGCGUCUCCAAAGACGCAAGCCCUUCGCAGACAUCCGCUCAAGAACUAUCCUGGGAAAGCCUCAGCAUCACCGUCUCAUUCAGGAACAUCAGGCUCCUUCAAGUUCAGCGCGCUUUCGGAUCAGAGCCAUGACCGAUAUGCUCCAAUGCUCGCUCCUCCCGUUCCGGGCAGACGUCCAGAGAAGCUGCGAUUUGACCUGUCGCUGCUGUUCACUGAGGACGGCACCGAGUACAGUAUGCAAGAAGCGCGUGCGAAGUCAAUGGGGCUCCUCGGAAAGAAAUGGGCUCCGCCACCGCCGUCCGACUUCACUGUGCCGGUCAACUUCAAGGAGGACGGAGGAGCCCGCUCCACGGGCACCUAUGGCAAGAAGCGCUUCCGUGCAACAGAACCUACAGUCACUUUAGCUACGAAGGAGGCUCUUGCCGAUGUCUUCACCAUGUACAACUCGCCAGAGAAGACGGCGCGGCUCACGUCUGUGGCAGGGAGCAAGUAUGCACCCGUGCACAAGGUGGAGCCGGACACGCCCAUGGCGAUGCAGACUCAGGUUCGCGCCUCCCAAGGUGAAACCGCAAAGACACCGAGGAAUAACGAGAACGCGAACGUCUUCGCGAAGACCCCAAUCUUCACUCCCUUCCAUGAUGAGAACGCUGACCGGAAAGAGAACACGCCUGCAGUAUUCCCAAAACUCAAACCGCUUGUUGACAGUACGAAAAAGCCAGUAUUCACCCCACGACAAGCACUUUCUGCUAAAGACAGUGUGACACCAGCUACAACACGAAAGCCUGUAUUCGGCGAGAACUCACAAACUUUCAAGACCCCUGGUGCUCUCAAGCCUGUGCCGGAAGAACCAGAACCUAAACCCGUACUACCCCCGGUAUUCACCCCAGCACCGCGACACCAUGACGAUGUUGAUGCGCAAUCGAAGGCCGACGACAUCUCGACUGUUGAGAAUGUGAGCGCGUUCACGCCAUUCCGCGAUCCGGACGCCCCCAUGCGAGUAUUCAGCCGGCCACCUGCGCGCAGUGAGAAUGCAUCGGUGUCGGCGCCCCCGGGGCCGGUGUUUAGACCGUACGUGGAUAAUGACGAGGAGAAGCAAAUAUCUGCGCCCCCGAUGCGUCGGGUCCUUGGCGAGCGGACCCCGUUACGCGCAUUCGCGCCGCCUCCAGUAGAGGAGCCUGAUCUUGAGGAGGAAGAGGACGAACGCGCGAACGAGGACUCUUGUUUGGAUAACGAUGGGCGAUAUGCGGAGUACGCUGAAAGUGCCAUCGCUGACGAGACUGCUCCCGUUGCGUUCGACGAUGAGGACCAUACCAUGUACGGUGACGAAGACACCGGUGAUUAUCAUCAACCACCUCUAGGCGGCAGGUGGGGUCCAGUCGACGUCAUGACGCCCAUCACAGAGCGGACGUUCGAAUACACCCUCAGCACGCGCGGCACGCCCAGCGAGGCUUUGAAUGUAUACCGCGAUCCAGUCGAGGCCGCGGAACAACUUGCGGCUGAACUGCAGCGAGAUGACGAAGAGGGGGUGGAUGGCGACUUGGCCACUUCGACUAUCUUCAUGAACGGGAAACCUGGUCACUCGAGUCUGUCGCGAACGCUUGAAGCUACAUCUGCUUUCAGGCCUGCAAACCCGUGUAAUCCUUUCGAUCCCCCGAUCAUCACCACACUCCUGUCAUUGAUCCCACCGGAUCAUGAAUUCCAUAACCUCAAGUCGAUUAAUGCGGGCCACCUAGAUGCGUUGCAGAAGUUCGCCAAAAAGAAAUCGCGGCGAACGAGCGGAAAUACGUCGAGUCGUUUUACGGAUGACUUAGAAACAUUGCCUAUAUCACUGUCUGACCGUAAUUUUGCCGUCAUCGGCAAGCUGGGGGAGGGAGGUUUCGGUGCCGUCUUCGAGGCUAUCGACCUGGACAUGCAGGCACGCCGCGACGAGGAGGAUGAAGACGAGGAUGACGACGACGCGCAGGACAAGUGUAAAGUCGCUCUGAAAGUUGUGAAGCCACGCAAUCUGUGGGAAUACCACGUCCUCCGAAGAAUACAUCGUUCAUUGCCGACGCACCUGACGCGGUCGAUCGUCAUCCCGCAAGCCUUAUAUGCCUAUCGCGACGAAAGCUACCUCGUCCUCGAGCUCUGCAAACAGGGCACCCUUCUGGACAUCGUCAACCGCGCUGCGCAGGCCGGCAUCACACAACAGGGCGCGUGUCUGGAUGAACUGCUUGUGAUGUUCUUCUCCAUAGAGCUCAUGCGCCUCCUGGAGGGCUUGCACCGUGCGGGAUUCAUACACGGUGAUAUGAAGAUCGACAAUUGCCUCCUGCGUCUGGAGGACGUUCCCGGACCAUCAUCAGCGUGGUCGAGCGAGUAUGACCCGUCGGGAGAGGGAGGCUGGAGUUAUAAGGGUAUUAAACUAAUCGAUUUCGGACGUACAAUCGAUACAGGGUUGUUCCCUGCCAACCAGCGGUUCAUCGCCGAGUGGCCAACGGAUGCUCGCGAUUGUCUUGAAAUCCGGGAGGGUCGUCCAUGGACGUACCAGACGGAUUACUUCGGGCUUGCAGGGAUCAUCUACUGCAUGCUCUACGGAAAGUACAUCGAGGCAUCAUCAAUAGCUCCUUCGUCCUCUCCAGGCCCGAUCGGUGAACAGCGAUACAAGCUAGCGGCCCCUUUAAAGCGCUAUUGGCAGGGAGAAAUAUGGACAAGACUGUUUGACCUCCUAAUCAACCCCUGUCUCGUCCGUCCUGACAGCAAGCUGCCCGUUUGCGACGAGCUGGCAGAGUUGCGGGUAGAGAUGGAGGUUUGGUUGCAAGCCAAUUGCAACAGAGCGAGCAAUAGCUUGAAGGGGCUUCUCAAGAAGAUAGGGAUCUACAUACUGAAGGGCAGCCGAUAA